AUGAGGAUAAGUAAGCCGGAGCAGCGGUUCCGCCCGAGCCUAAGACUAAGUAAGGCUGACCGCCAGCGGGCCGGCAUGAAUGCUAGCGAUGACGUCGAUAUGUUGGGCCUUCUCUGCCCCUCUUGGUCGACAACAGUAAAGUCGGUGAUUCUACGCACACCUGUAGUACUUGUUCUCCUUCAUAUACCUACCGACCCAAGUCAUGGUGGUCAGGUACCACUCCCAUCCCCUUCUCCUGCUGCUCUCUCGCCCUCCGUCGACAUCCCUUCUCGCGGCCCCGUACUCUCCCUGCUCUCCCUCCGAGCUCCUGCUGCGGAGCUCGACUCCCUCGCUCCUAUUCCCUUGAUCACUGCUCCUCUCUCCGCAGGCCUGGUAGAGCACUUUGGACUUCGACCGUCCCGAGACCCUUUGCGGGCAGGAUUCCCCGCUGGUCCCGGACAAGCACUGCCGACCUCUCGACCCAAUCUCAACCCCGUUGUCGCCUCUGGGAGACCAGGGGUCCUGCCAUUCGUUCAACCGAUGCCGUCGCGCAUCUCCAAGGCUGUCAUUGCCGUCCUGUCCAGCCUGAUCACCUAUGUCUGCAUCAACAGCUUUGUCCGGGCUGUGAAGCCGUCCCUGUUCAUCUGGUCAGAGGAAGACCUGGAAGAGUCCGAAUGGGUCGCGACUUCCAACUCCUGGCUCGACCGUAAAGCCUGCCGCUGGCUUGGGGUCUGCGGAUUAGCCCAUGUGAAGCUGGUCCACGCCUCCGUGGGUCCGCGCCGGGUUCAACACCAGCAACCUCUGAACGAUGACGAUGAUGGACUCUGGCGUUUGGACUGGACAGAUGCGAACGGGACUGUCGAGGACUGGAGUCAUGACGAACGCGUGCUGCGGGAGAUCCCCGGCUACGUGCUCGAGUACUCCCCUCUGGGCGGAUGGCGCCAUCCCACCCUCCGAGAUCUCGACGAACUGAACCAGUGGGAGCACGGCAAGCAUGUCUAUCUGACGAGCAACGAUGACGUCGAAGAACGCCCCGCCUGGCUCGCUGGCGAGAGGAAUAUCCCUAGGCCCGGUGAUGCUGAGCCCGAGGAGCCCUUGCCGGGUGUUCCGGAUGACCCUCUGGACGGAGGUUUGGACGAUGAAUCGGACGAAGAUCGAGCAAAAUGGUACGAUGUCGGCGAAGGGGAGGACAAUGUGAGCGCUCGGGUCACGGGUUCGAACUCAUCGUCGGAGGACAGAGAAUACGUUGAUAGGCUCCGACGACGAUAUGGCGGCCACGCGAUUCGGGGAGAUACCCGAUCCGGCGGACGCAGUGAUGCUCCGGCAGUGCUCGUGGUAGUCGACAAAGGCCACGGCAUCGUCGACGCCUUCUGGUUCUUCUUCUACAGCUACAAUCUGGGGAAUGCUGUCCUCAAUAUCCGCUUUGGCAACCACGUGGGUGAUUGGGAGCACUGUCUGGUGCGCUUCUACCAAGGCAAGCCCAAAGCGCUGUUCUUCAGCGCCCACACCGCUGGGGAAGCAUACAGCUACGGCGCUGUCGAGAAGAGGGGCAGACGGCCGGUCAUUUACUCUGCCGUGGGUACGCAUGCCAUGUAUGCUACGCCCGGGAUCCAUGAAUAUAUUCUGCCCUGGGGCCUCCUCCAUGAUGAGACGGACCGUGGGCCUCUCUGGGACCCUCUCCUGAACCUGCAUUCUUACACCUACAAUCAUCAGACGGAUGUUCUGCGGCCCUCAACGCUCUCCCCAACGGCGCCCACCGAAUGGUUCUAUUUCAACGGCCACUGGGGGGACAAGUUCUACCCUCUCGGAGAUCGACGUCAAUACCGGUUUGCAGGUCAAUACCAUUACGUGAACGGACCGUUAGGGCCUCGAUUCAAGCACCUGGGCCGGCGCAAGGUCUGCCAAGGCGGAUACACGGACCCGUGUGUGAUCCGAAACUACAUCGGUGAGGAGCGACGGGCGAAGCGUUGGGCCCGUGUGGGAACCGGCGAGGAACUCCAGGAUGAAGACCUGCAGACGAUUUUGGAUCGUCAGGCAGCGGCGAUGGCUCGAGGCAGCUGA